AUGCGGUUCUUCAUAGCCACUCUGGCCCUUGUCGGCUCUGCCGUCGCCUUCCCUCAAUCUUACUCUAUCCUUCCGGUCACUCCUUCUUCGUCAGCUACCCCUGUCUCGUCGACUCCUGUCUCGUCGACCCCUGUCUCGUCGACCCCUGUCUCGUCGACCCCUCCUUCUUCAUCCACUGCGGUCCCCGAGUGUAGCGUCGACUCCGAUGGCGACAACGGCAACCACUACGGCUGGUGCAAGAAGGCCAAGCACUGGGGCACCUACAAGAACGGCAAGAGCGGCGACGCCGACGACCUCGGCCCCAGCGAGGAGAACUGA